CGAAAGGCGCAAUUCGUCUUGUCUCCUAUCGUAAAAUGGGGAAAGCAAGGCAUAACAUCGCGGCCAGUGACAUAUCUGUCGAUGGACGAAGAAAAAGUGUUCGAGAAGAACAGAAAAUUCGUAAGAAAAAGAAGAGACGUAAAAGGGACUUGACAGAUCUGCAUCAGAGAGUAUUCAAAUCGAAGAAGGAUAAAGAAACGAAGAUCGAUGGAAAAUCGAACAAGGCGCCAAAUUCAAAAAGGCUGUCGAACAGGAUUCUUCCGGGACCUUUGGCUGGAAUAUACAGAAAUGGUGCUGCAGGAAAAGAAAUACGAAGAUUUCAAACGAAAGCAGCUUUGAACGAUCUAAACAACGCGCGUCUACAGGGAGACGUGCUUAAAUUAAUGGAUGGUUAUGACUCGAAAUCAGAAGACGUUGUAGUUGAAAAUGGCAACAUAGAGGUUCAGAAAGAAUUACUACUCGAUUCUACUAUCAAAGAUAUUCUCCAACCAACUCCUCCUGGUGUCCAAAGCAGUCCUAUUUUGGGUAAAGUGGAUGGAAGAAGGAGAAUUAAAAAUGAAGGACACAUAGAGUUCCCUCAAAAACCAGCAGAAAAAAAGAAAACGAUUGAUCCUGAAAAUUUACGAAACUUUGCAUUAAGUAAAUACGAAGAAUUAUGCAGGGUUGUUUGUUCAGAAAAUUUCGAGGAAGAAAAUUUUCCAGACUGUUUCGGACCAGAUCCGCUAACGAAGGUGAAACAAAAAUUAAGAACUAUUUACGCAAAAUCAUUUCAAAAUAAAUGUUUACGGGACAUGAUUAAACGUGGUAAUAUUUUGAACGAAUGCGAUACACCGAGUACUUCGAUGGAUGAUUCUUUUCCUCCAGACACUGCAUAUUGUCCUUCUGGGUAUCCUCAAGACGCGAACUUAGUAUCUGAAACUAUUGAUAAUCCAGACUGGCAUAUUGAUAUUAAAAGUAACAAGGAUAACGACAGUUUACAAGAAAGACAAAACCUAUUUUUAAUGCCAAAAAUGAAUUUAAGAAAAAACGAAAUUAAUACGUCCAAUUUAUUAUUUCAUUCAUCUUCGUCAAACACCCUGGAUGCAGGAAUAAAGAACAGUCUUGAACCGGAAAUGUCACACGAAAUGAAUAACAUAUCUAACAAGGAUGAAUCGACAGAUGUAAGCAAUCGUACUUCUCUAGAAAUAAAUUAUUCUGCAAGUUCCACACACAAGAACAGUAUUAUGAAAUAUUUUGAAAUAAAUGAAUUUGAUUGUGAGAGGAUAAAGGAUAAGAAUAAACCUCUCUUAUUUGCACAAACAGAAGCAGAAUCUCAGAAUAGUUCUAUUGAUAAGAAACGUUUAAUAAAACACAAAACUCAACGUAGACAAACAGUGCAUUUUUUAAACAAUGGAUUAAAAAAACACGCGGAAGGACAAAAUUUUAAAAUAAUGCAGCAAGUUAAAAUGAAGAAUUUGAAGCAUAUUCCUGCUAUAUUACGAAGGUGUAACAAUGUUGUGGCGAAUAAUAACAAUCGGCUAAAUCUAUUCCAGGAACCGAUGCAUAUUAAUAAAGAGUCUCGGAAAAUGUUGUUCGACGUUGCACCGAAGCAGAACGUUCUCUUCACUUCGCAAUCCGUGGUAACGGAAUCGAAUGAAGAUUCAAAGAGGCCGCAAAAAUCGAAGACUGCAAAUACCUUAUUCGAUAGUACAAAAAUGAAAGAUCUGAACGUUCAAACAUGCGUAAUGGAUUCACCAAGUAUUUUUAAACACAACCAAACUCAGCAGAAUCUCCAUGCGAAUGACAUUUUAGUGAACAGAACAAAUCCGCCAAUACAAAAAACAGUAAUGUUCACGAAGAAAGACUCGCGGAAUAUAGGACACUGUCUAUACAUAAACAAUAUAAUUGCAGAUGGAAAGACUGAUAAGUCGAACGUCUGUAUCAUACGAAAAAAUGUUCCUUUGCAGCAUGAAAGAUCGAAAAAUAAUUGUACUGUAUAUAAACACUACCAGGAAGCGCCAGGAAAUUAUUAUAAAGCGUAUCGAUGCUCGGAAAAUUCUGAUAGUUCCAAUUAUAAUAGUCAAGAAUUUAAAGAAGCAAGCGCACCAGAAGUGCAGCACGUACAGGUACAUCAAAAACCAAUGGUUUGUGAAAAUGGAUUAGUAAGAAAGGUUAUUCAACCUUCUAAAUCUGAAAACGGUAAAAAAUACCAUAACGAUCAACAUGUUUGCUAUGUGGUGGUAGAUCAAUGCAAUGAUGUGAACAACAUGCAAGAGUAUCCUUAUGAUAAUGUGCCUGAAAUUGAGAAAUCUAGAACGGUGCAGAAUGGACGAUUCUGCCAAGAAGAUAUAGCUGAUGUUGGUAUCCUGAAAGGCGUGCAGAAUUUAAAGAUCUUGCCCAUGGAGGAACAAGAGCCUCCGAUACAAGUCGUUAACGAUCAGUGUAUCAAAAAUGCAGUGAUAUUGGAGAAACAGCCGAUUAAGUAUUUGGCAUUUGAAAACGAUUCCAAGACUGAAAAAAUUCCUAUUUAUAUGCAAAGGAAUAAGCACGUUGCUUCCGUCGAUAAUAUAGAAUUAAUUAACUCGGGCGUUAAUUAUCGCGUGGUAUCAUAUCCUCAAGAAUCAACGCAGAAAAUUAUUUUCGUGCCAACGUGCGAGCAAAACAAAGUCGUAUAUGUGAAACAACAAAAUUUGCCUCAUUCGAAUGUUACUUUUGAGGAAUGCUCGCAUCCCAGAAAGGUAGUUAUGUGCCGACCUGAAGUACAAUACGUCAAAGAGUCCUCAAACGUAUGUGAAGUUCACCUUCCAAAACAGAACGUGGUGGAAAUAGGAAAAUCAGAUUGUGACACGAUUGUUACUAAUUUACAAAAGGCGAGCAGUAUGAAGAGCUCGAGGCGGGGUGGAGUGAAUCGAGAGGGACUUCAUUAUCGACCGAAUCAUGAACAUGAUGCUUGUGUGAGGAAUCAGACAAUAUUCUAUCAAAAAUAAGAAUGCUGCGUUAAUUGAAAUGUACGUUAGAUACAUUUUUGCUAUUAUAUCUUAAUGAGGUUUAUUAUGUAUAUUUAUACAAGUGCGAUAUUUACACAGAUAAGUAGAAACUGUCUUUGGAAGUUUAUUUAAAGCGUAUUUUGUUUUGAUAAAACCGUUUGUUUUAAAAUAUAGAAAACAAACAGUUCUGUAAUUUUUGUAUGUUGCGUAUAAAUCGAAUUUAAUGUAAAUUUUUCG